AUGUCGCCUUCUCUCGCUGCAAAGACCGCUUUGUUGGACAGAAACACUCUGGAGAUGGACCCGGCGGCUCCCACAUCUCAUCUGGAUCCUGGAUCCAGAUCACUGCCACAGGGCCACUUCAACACGGCAGCAAAGGCCACGAUGGUUCUGACGAGCCACGAUCGACUAGAAACUGCUCUGACACCAUCAAACACCAUGGAGUACAAGUCUAUGGACAACUCCUGCAGUGGACACAUGGUCCCAUUGUCCAAGAGAGAGGAGGACACUAGUUCAAACAAUGGGAGUGACAAGUUUACUAAGUCAGAAAACAAUGUGGGAUCAGCUGCUGGACUGAACGGUUUGAACACGGAUGACGUCAGCAUAGAUGAAGCCCAAAGAGCAAAGACCCAAGAGCAUUCAAUGUCAACAUGUGGUUUGAAAAGUGUAGUGGAAACUGUUUCAAAGCCAAGUUAUUUGGAUUUACCCUUCACCUGCACCGACACAUCCAGAGCUGAAACACCAUCAAAGUCUUCUUCCAAAUCUGCUUCAAAUGAGAAAAGUAGCAGAACGCCUUCUAGAAACACCAACAUGUCUCUUUGUACUUCCACAAACAAGGUCCUCAGUGAUGCAUCCUCAUCCAGGAAGUCUCCCACAAAACCCAAGAUCAUCGCAAAAUCACCUUCACGCGACAAAUCAGACAAAAGGCUGUACCGCCUCUCCAUGGGCGGGCUGCCAGGACCAGGACCAGGUCCAGGACCAGGACCAGGACCAGGACUCCACGUGUCGGAGCAGUAUUCAGGGACUAAAAGUGCCACAGCGCUUCCCUCUAAGCCCAAAGUGAUUGCAAGGUCUGCUUCCAGAGUCAGGACGGACAAAUCCAGACCCUCCUCCGACACAGGACCUCAAUACAAGAUGGCGACCGAGUCCUCGAUGGCUAAAACCAAUAAACCAGUGCCGACAAAAUCCAAGACUGUACUAAGAUAUUCUUUGGUUGACAAAAGUCCAGUCAAAAACCAGAGUGAAUUACCCAUAACGCCACAGAAGAAGAUGAUUGACAGUAUUUUAUCGCCCAAAAGCAACAUGACAUCACAGAAGACCAGGACUACCUCAGAACCUCCUUAUGUGGAAGAGACGGGCGGCGACCUGAACCGCUGUGACGCCCCCAUAACGCUCCAGGACAAGAUGGCCGACUUCGCUUCACCCAAAGAACCCACCUCAAGGUCUCCUGUCGGAAACACGGACCUGAACAUGGACCUGAACACGGACCUGAACACGGACCUGAACACGGACCUGAACACAGAUUGUGAAGACCGAGCUGUGCCUCAGAGUCUGGUGCCGGAGCCGCUCACGCCUAAAGCUGUCUCCAAGUCGCUGUGUCCCAGAGCGUCCCAGAGGAGGGAGGGGUCCUCAGAACUGUCUCCUGCUUCCACAUCUGAGCGGCGGCCAUCUUUGAGGCCCCCGUGGCGCGGCGGGGCCUGGACCCCGUCCCGGAGCCAGACCAGUCCUGGUUUGGCACAGUCCGGCUUCAUUCGCCGCAGUGAGAGCUCCAUGUCGGUCAACGCAGGACUAAGGGUGAACCACCGGUGUACUGCCGACUGA